CAAAUUCUGCAUGCUUGUCUGGACCUUGUGGCCAUGGAAGACACAUCCACUGCAAUGGCAGCAAGGGAUGUGAUUUGCAUCAUGCUGUUGCCAGCCAGGGCGUCAUCCACUCCGGCCUGGACCAAACUACCCCUCGACACAAUAUGGCGCACAGUGCAGAGCCUUGUGACAAGCGAUAUAAGGACGCAACGCAGUCUGAUCGGCUACUCACUAUGGCUACGUUUGAUGCUCUUGCCGGAAGGAACCCACAUCACGACCCUCGAGGCCGCGGAUUACUGGAAGCCCGUCAUGCACGGCCUGCGGCGAGGGGAUUCCGAGAGACGCAAAAUAUGCCUCAACAUCUUCAAGCUUACACUAGUCACUGACUCCGUGGCAGUCUCUGACCAAGUCCGAGCGCAGUAUGACCGCUUUUGCACGGUCUUCGAGACGGUUGUCUUGGCACGUUACAUCAAUCAAGUGGUCGAGUGUCAGGCAGAUCUCGAUGCGCUAGCUGCAAACAAAUCCUUACGUGUCGAGUGGCUGUAUGUUCUCUUGGCCUCGGGUCUUGAUAAACAGAUGCAAGACUCGAACCGCAAAUUCAUUGGAAAUUGGGUAAUGCACGCCAACCUCGACCCGAACGAUGACAGUUUUCUCCAAUUCUUCCGCGAUGACUUUUUGCCGUGGGCAAUACAAGGCUCGCUGUUCGUGUCAACACUGCGGAUGUUGGAGGGACGACGGAGAUGCCUGCACGGUGAUCGGAUGGUAGAGUGUCUGAGGAGGCAACUAGCAAACGCCAACGAGCCAGUUCGACUUGCGGAUGUUGUCAUCGACACCAUUUUGCUUAAACGAAACUCCUUAUUCGCAUACGCCACGGUCUAUCUCAUUGAAGGGCUCGGCGAUACCUUGAGCGUGCAGCAGCGGGAAAGACUUUCGGGGAUCUCAGGGCUACCAGAAGUCGCCCGGGACUAUUUGUUCGUGAAGAUACACAAUCAACCAGGACUGGGUCCCACAGCGAAAUCGAGCUCACGACGAGAACUUCGGGAAAAGGAAGCCAUUGAGAAGUGCAGCAAGUUCGAUAUCGAGAGCAGCAACAUGGAAGAUAUGUGGGAUGACCUGGAAUACCUGGAGUAUCCCAAAGACCUCCUUGUCGCGAUGGUUUCCGUGGUGCUUCAUCCACAGGUCUUGCUCCGAGCCACAAAAGAUGCAACAUUAGCGGCAGCCAUGAGGCAGAAAGUACAUGCCCUUCUACGGAUUGCAGGAACGAAAAUCUUCAUGUUCGCGCCCUUGGUGGUGGGUGUUCGACGUGCUUUGAUCACAGAGCCAGCCGCGGCUGCUGUCCUCGACAUCGCGGAGCUCGUCAUCAGCGUUGCCGAGCGUCCACCACAGCCGACACCCGACUUGAUGCUGGAAGAAGCCAUCAUUCCGUUAACGCCUUUCGCAUGGGAACACUAUUUCGGAGAGCGGCCUUCGUACGGCUUCGCAGCAUUCGUUGAUCUCGUGAAUCGGCUGCAUAGCUGUCCGGGGGCUGCAGGUGAGAUCCUGGCCCGGAUCUUGCGCAGAUGGCGGGCGCAGAAAGUCCCUCCGCCAACAGUGAGCCCGUGGAAGAACGCCCUCCAACUGCAAGUUCUGCUGCUUUGUCUGGAACAGUUCACGCCGGAUGAGUCGACACUGGUCUUGGACGUACUAGAAGCAUUGUAUCACGUACUAGAGAUAGAGCCGCUGCCUCAGUAUCGAUACCUCCUGGAGUGGAUGACCGUACGUCUCCUGGUGAGGUUUCAGCUGGAAUACACCGUACUAGAAAGACUGGCGACAAGAGACCAUCACUCCAAUCCGAAGCACCUUGCGUCUCUCAUGAAAAUCGGCACAAUCCUAGCAUGCAGCGGUGAGAGCAAUGAGGAUUUUGGAUUGCAGCUGGCGACUAGUUUCGUCCCUCUGGCGGCAUCGUCAAAGGUGGUGAUACGCCAUGAAGCGCAAUGGCAGGUUCCUAUUCUGCUCGAGCAUGCCCGAGCCCACGCAUGGACGAGUAUCAUCGAGAACGCAGUCAUCACUACGCUGAACGAGUACAUCCAAGCUCUGGACCGGUUCAUUGAGCCUCCUCUGGAGAGACAGUUCGGCAGAUUCAAUCCUCAGAAGGAUCACACACUAACGAAUCUGGUCGAGGGGAACUGGCUACUGCUUGACCCCGUGGAUACGCCAUUGACUACCCGUGAGGAGUUUGUCAAAUUAUACAGCAACGUCAGCAGAGACAUCACGCUACCAGGGCCAUCGAUGAGCCUGGGAGACCCGGUCAAGCGUCCAGUGCCUGCCAAACUCAAUGGAACGCCGAGGUCAGUGGAACACGCGGCCAUUGUUCCUCGAACAUCUGGAGAAGUAAGUGCGGCGCUUCAGACAAAGGGCACGGCGUAUCUCGCGCGCAGUCUGUCCGAUCCAACACUGUUGGGCUCGCGUCCGGACCAUUUGAUUGUAGUCGGAUCGCUCGUCGAUAACCCUUACAAUCUCGGUGGUCUCUCACGUGUGUCUGAGGUAUUUGGAGCAUCGGCGUUAUGCCUCCAAAACCAGAAUGUGGUGUCGAACAAGGAUUUCACGAGCGUCUCGGUCUCGUCGCACUUGCACUUCCCCAUAGUCCAGCUGUCAGCGUCUGGCAUCCCGGCAUACUUGGCGGACAGGAAGAUGGAAGGCUUCACUAUCGUCGGCAUCGAACAAACGAAUCGCAGCGUUAUUCUGGGCUCGCAAGGUGCACGAUUGCCGGAGAAGAUAGUUCUCGUGGUGGGCGGGGAGCGUGAGGGCAUCCCGGCGGUGGUGCUGAUGGAGUGCGACAUGCUUGUCGAAAUCCCUCAACAAGGCAUCACCAGAAGUUUGAAUGUGCAAACGGCGGUCGCCAUCGUGUUGUAUGAAUACGCGAGACAA